AGUCAACCCAUUUAUUCUAAUCAACAGCAACAAUCACUGUUCAAUAGCAGCAAUGCGCGGUCGAGCACCGCUGGGCAAGAGUGUCCGAGGAUUUCGGCAGCUUCAGUGUCCUGGUGUAUCACUUCAUGCUCGGCGAUGUAUUCAGAUCAGCGCAACGCCUACUACGGAAUCACCAAAUUUGACUGGAGACGUCCUGAGUAGCUCAAUUGACGCUCCAUCAGAUCCUGCAGAUGCUCGAUUCGAAGUCUUAGGCGCACCAUAUUCCCUUCUGUCUGUUUCAUUAUCCGCAUCUCAAAAGCUGUAUACCCGGAGAGGUACAUUGGUUGGAGUUAGUGGGAAGUCAGAAAAUGCACAAUCGACACUUUCCAUACUAGAACCUUUCCGCCGAGCGCCCUUAGGCAUACCAUUCCUUUACCAAAGAAUAUCUUCCACAAGUCCCAUAACAGCCUUAAUUUCGACCAAAUCACCACUCACUUCUUUCACUGUAUUACAUCUUAAUGGCACUGUGGACUGGAUGGUAGCGCAGAGGAAAGCGCUCUUAGCUUGGACGGGCCAUACUCUUUCGGUCACCCCUACCAUGAACACGAAAAUGAGUCUUGCACAUUGGGGGAAUUCAGAAGUGUCAGGAAGAGGUCUAGUGGCUUUGGCUGGGCCAGGACAGAUAUAUCAGAUCAAUUUGAGACAGGGGGAGGAAUACGUUGCUCAUCCUGGGAAUGUGGUGGCAUAUACUAUCACACAGCAUCCUCCUUUACCAUAUCGACUAAAGUCGUCGAGUCUGAGGUUCCAGGUGCCGAAUCUUGGUGUUGGUUAUUUGUUGCCAGAUAUCAAAUUCUUCAAGGUAAUGAAGGAAACGCAAACCUGGAAGGGCAUCACAUCUCUGCUCUUCAAUUUAAGAACAGCUGCCAGGAGGACUAUCUGGGGAGACAGCUUAUUCUUGAAGUUCCAUGGUCCAUCAACCAUAUUGAUGUCCUCAAGAGCAGCAAGAAUUAGCGAUGUUUUGACUUCACGGGAUGUCAACGAGAUUGCAGACUCUCCAGCUGGAGCUGUUCAAUCAGCUGUCACUUUGAUGAGCAAACCCAAGGAUGAGGAUGUAUCGAGCAAACAAAUCUCCGACGUUCCCACUGGUUUCCAUGUUGCAGAAGUCAGCCGAGACGGGAAGGUUAAAUUUGAGGACGCACAGGACAUUAAGUCCUUUGUACGGUAGCUCACAAGGCAUGUAUGAUAUGAUGCUUGGAUGAAUGUACAAUACCACACUCACGAAUCAGCAGAUUUAAGCAGUUCUUGAGAUUCAUGUUGUGCCUUGCUUUCCUGAUGAAUUUUGUACGCAUUCUAUUGCUAGUGUAUCCGUAUUUGACUUUGAUAGC